AUGUUUUUCUCUCAGCUUUUACUGUUGUAUUUCGUUACAUCAGUUCACAGUAAAUACUGGUCACAAAACAUAUCAGAACUGUCCAGCCAUUAUAGUGUUGUUAAUACGUUCUAUCCUUUCCUGUCACAAACUGGAGCCGAUCCAUGGGUGUUUAAACAUCCAAUCAAUAAUUUAUACUAUGCUACAAAGUCCACUGGAAAUAAUGUUAUUAUCUGGCGAUCACGUUCCCUGAGUACACUUGACAUAGCGGAAAAUAAAGUCAUUUGGAUACCAAAUAACACAACAGCAUGUCGUGACAUUUGGGCACCUGAGCUUCAUCUGAUUCAGAAGAAAUGGUAUGUCUACUUUGCAGCGACCACUUGUGACGGGGAUAAUGCCCAUCAUCGAAUGUUUGUUUUGGAGAAUGAGAACGAAGAUCCAUUUGCAGGUGAAUUUGAAUUUCGAGGACAGUUGACCGACGCAACUAAUAAGUGGGCCAUCGACGGAACAGUAUUUGAACACCCCCUAACGAAUAAUCUUUACUUCGUCUGGUCAGGAUGGGAAGGUGAUGUGGAUGGCAUGCAAAUUCUUUACAUCGCUCACUUGUCCAGCCCGUAUACAGUUGACUCAAGACGUGUAGAAAUCGGUAGACCAACGUAUGCUUGGGAGAUCAAUCAUACGCCGUAUGUUAACGAAGGACCUGAAGUCAUUAUCCAUAAUCGCACUAUUAAUCUGGUGUUUUCUGCUUCGGGUAGUUGGACGAAUGAUUAUUGUAUGGGCUUAAUCACUGCUCAUACUGAUGCUGAUCUCAUGAAUCCAACAUCCUGGAUAAAACGAUCCAAUCCGAUCUUAAAAAGUGGAAAUGGUCUUUUUGGGCCAGGUCAUGGAAGUUUAACUAGCGAUAAUUGGCUUGUUUUUCACACUGCAGCAUACAAUGGCUCAGGAUGGACGCGACAGAUCAGAACUCAACCGUUUCAAUGGAACGAAACAGAUGGUACACCAAUUUUAGGCACAAUUCAAAAUCCAAAUAUAUCCAUUACCCUGCCUCAAGGUGAAAUGCAGCGUCAACGGUAUCAACUAGAUUCACCCACGUCAAAUCCAUCAUUUAGUAUUGAAGUCAAUAAUACCGGUUGGUACAUUAUCUCAGUGCAAGUUCGCUCAAAAAAAUUUAUGAAAGAUGUUCGCUAUCUCAUAACUAUCAACAGAAAAGAUUAUCAAACGAUUGAUGUCCUCUAUUCCGACAAUUGGAGUUCUAUUUUAGUUCCAGUAAAAUUUCAACAUGGACUGAAUACAGUAGCGUUUUCAGUUGUCGGUGCAGUCAUGGGCGAAAUAAAUUCAAUUGAUUUCUUUCCUCAAAUGUGA